AUGGCUACUGCGCCACACCAGCGCCACCCCGCCGGGCCCCCCACCACAGCCACCACUGCCAGUCCUGCAGCUCCGGACGCCGGUCCCAACGAGGAUUCCGAGUCCUGGCAGAAGAUGCUGCAGCGGCAGAAUGGCAGCGGCGACAGGCACGGGGACUACACGAACAGGUCCGGGGCCGGCUCAGGAGCUGACAAAGGCGUGACCCUGCAGCGCUCCAUCACGCUGCUCAAUGGUGUGGCCAUCAUCCUGGGCACCAUCAUCGGCUCGGGCAUCUUCAUGGCGCCCAUGGGCGUGCUAAAGGAGGCCGGGUCACCCGGCCUGGUGCUCGUGGUGUGGGCCGCCUGCGGGCUCUUCUCUAUCCUGGGCGCGCUCUGCUGCGCAGAGCUGGGCACCACCAUCACCAAGUCCGGCGGCCACUACACCUACAUGCUCGAGGUGUACGGCUUGCUGCCUGCCUUCCUCAAGCUCUGGGUGGAGCUGCUCAUCAUCCGGCCCUGGUCGCAAUACAUCGUGGUGCUCGUCUUUGUCACCUACCUGCUCAAGCCGAUCUUCCCCAGCUGCCUGGUGCCCGAGUAUGCGGCCAAGCUGGUGGCCUCCCUCUGCGUCCUGUUACUCACAGCGGUGAAUUGUUACAGCGUGAAGGCCGCUACUAGGGUCCAGGUUGCGUUUGCUGCAGCAAAGCUGCUGGCUUUGGCCUUGAUCAUUCUCCCUGGCUUCAUUCAAAUUGGGAAGGGCAAGGUCUCCAGUUAGUUAUCAUUUGAAGGCACCAAUUUAGACGUUGGGAACAUUGUGUGGUUGUACAGUGGCCUCUUUGCCUACAGUGGCUGGAAUUAUUUGAAUUUUGUCACAGAGGAGAUGAUAAACCCUUACAGAAACUUGCCCUUUGCCAUCAUCAUUUCACUUCCCCAUGUCACCUUGGUGUACAUCCUGACAAACGUGGCUUACUUCACCACCUUGACCACCGAGCAGAUGCUGAGUUCAGAAGCCAUUGCUGUGGACUUUGGGAACUACCACCUGGGCGUCAUGUCCUGGAUCAUCCCUGUCUUCGUGGGCUUGUCGUGCUUUGGCUCAGUCAAUGGCUCCCUUUUCACCUCCUCCAGGUUGUUUUUUGUAGGUUCCAGGGAGGGCCACCUGCCUUCUGUCCUUCAAAUGAUCCACCCCAAGAACCUGACUCCUGUGCCAUCCCUCAUAUUCACGUGUGGCAUGACUCUGCUCUCUGCCUUCUCCAAUGACAUCUUCUCCGUCAUUAACUUCUUCAGUUUCUUCAACUGGCUCUGUGUGGCCCUGGCCAUCAUCGGGAUGAUAUGGCUCUGCUUUAAGAAACCAGAGUUGAACAGACCCAUAAAGGUGAAUCUUGGCCUUCCCAUUUUUUUCAUCCUGGCCUGCCUGUUCCUGAUAGCCAUCUCUUUCUGGAAAAAUCCCAUGGAGUGUGCCAUCGGCUUUGUCAUCAUCCUCACGGGAAUUCCUAUCUACUUCAUUGGGGUCUGGUGGCAGAACAAGCCCAAGUGGCUGAUUCAAGGCAUCUUCUGCACGACAGUGGUGCUGUGUCAGAAGCUCAUAGAGGUGGUUCCUCAGGAGUCCUGA